AUGGAUCCAGUCAAAGAGAGCCGAUCGCCAUCUAUACAGAUGAACAUCAACAGUGAUCGCGGUAUGCGUGAUCGUCGUGGCGUCGAUGAUCGUCAGGUUGUAUUACAGCAAUUGCAGAAUGCGACUGUGAUUGAUUUGGAUUCGGACGCCGACGACUCCGUGGCCCUACCGGAGCCAGCUUCUGCAGCACAGACUUCGAGCAUCGACGCUAAGGGCGAUGUUGUCCCAGGAGCACCGUCGCAAUAUCCGAAACAAAACGCGAUAGAUACUUCUCAGUCCCAUACUCGGUCGCAAGUCACCAGAAAGAGGUUGUUCGUGUCGGGCGACAAACUCCUCGGUGACAAACUCCCCAGUUCUCCUACUAGUGCACAAUCCUUAUAUACCUCUUCCCUUGAUCAGCUAGGCCCGGACAGUGGUGAUCUACGAGGCGCCGCGACCAUAGACGCAGCCGAGCCUGAUGUGGACAUCGAGCAUCUUCUAUCGAUAUAUAAUUCAGGCGAUGCAGACGGUGAUGCGCCGGGUUCGCCAGCUCCAGCACUGGAUGCACCAUCUGUUGCCAGAAGUGCCGCAGAAGCUCGUGGGAUCGCAAAGAGCCAGCAGCUUCGCGCUCAGCGUAAAUUCCGUUCCCAAGAAGACCCUGAGCCUGUAAAGAGCAUCGAUGAGGAGCAAAAGAGGAGAGAUGCAAGACUGGCGCGCAUCACAGCCAGUGCUCUUGGUAAACCAAUGAAGUCAGUGCUUAAAGAUGCCGGCUCUAAAAAGCCAGCAAAGCGCGUGCAAUUCCAUGCGCCUGAGAUGGCUAAUCCAGCAAAGAGAGCGAGAAAGCCUGUCCAACCACAAAUUACUAUGGCCUCAAACGAUAUCCGUACACUCAUGGGUAUUUCAAGCAAACCAAGCAUAGCAACAGAAACCUCAGAAGGUGCCCGUCCAACCCUAUCUGGCCUUUCGCAGCUCACCCAGGAUCAUAUCGAUCAUGGUUCGCAGAAGCAGAAAAACGACACUUCUGGCCUGUACCCUGAGCAAGGUCUCCCGGAGUACUUAACACUUCCUAAAGGGUUUGAGGCGAUGGAAAGUGUCCGAAAAUCACUUAUCAUCCAACGGGAGACAGCGUCAGAGCGCUUGAGAGAUCUUUCUGCUAUACAGGGAUGCUUUGAACAUUUUGCCAAGCUACUUUCUUAUGGAGCCUUACUGGGCAGCAAUGCCGCAGAACUAAGGGAGUUGAAAACCUUCACUCAAAAAGUGCUCGAAGAUGAGUGUACCGGAAAACUUAAUCGACAGAGAAUAAAUGAGGUACGGGAAAAUGUCAAGCGAAGGCUUAGCAAGAUUGACACUGAUGCCCUUCCGAACGGCGCGGUAGAGGACCGACUAAGCGACAUCUUAAGACAAGAUUAUUGGGAGAAAUUACAGGUUGAGGUGCCAAAAUUGCGCAGCGAGAGUGAUAGGCUAAAGGCUCUCUGCAGCCAGAAGAAUACUAAGACCUGCAUACGGGGAGGAUGCCAGGGUAAUCCAAAGGCGAAGAAGACCACAGCAUCUCUAAGAGCCACAGGUACGAAAAAAGAUGGACCUCUUGCAGCUCAAAUUCGCGCCCAGCUGACCAAGUUCAAAGCUGCGGAACAGCGAGAUGGGGAGGAGGCUGUGCUAGAAAUUGACAUUCCUGACCGCGGGGAUGAUUAUACCAGUGAAGAGGAAGAGGGUGACGAAUUUCUGUACGCCCCGAAGAGAACCGAUCUUGAAUCAAAGGACAUAGCUGGUAAUGCUGAAGAUUCUGAGUCUCAGAUGCGACUUCUCCCUGUCCAGGCCGCUGAUCAGUCACUACUUGAAAGAAUGGUGACCACUACUCAGCAGCGAGAACAUGCGAACAGGCAAGGAGCACAGAAGCCCGACUCGCAAAUGCUACAAGACAUGAAGGCCCGCGAGUCUGCACGUGCCGCCAUGAAGCAGAAGCCCGCCGAUGUGGAUGCCACAUCUGAGGACAUAGAGAUCGAAGAAGUAGACUUAUCUCCUUCUGCUGAGUUCAAUGAUUCAGACCUAGAGGACGACGUUGAGGACCACAACGAGGUGCAAAUUGAGGGCGAGAUUGGUAGGCCAGAAUGCUACCGCUACUUAGUAUACUCGCACAUCCAUGGACAUCCUAGCAUGAAUGGGCAGCACCUUAUCGACAGAUUCUUAAACCGUGCUAAGGCGAUUAAGGAGGUGCUUAAAGUGGCACCACAAGUACGAAAAGACAUCCUAAACCUCGAUUCGAAUGCUCCUCAAGAGUAUACUAUCACCCUCAAACAAAACGAAACAGAAUAUGAGCAGCAACUCGCUAUGGGCGAAGACGGUGAUGUCGGUUGUCGUACAUGGAUUGAACGCGAGAGAUACAACCCGUCAGAAGAGGCAUACAACAACGUAAAAGUUAAGAAAGCGUGUCGAGGUCCCAAUGUCUGGAGCGUGGAUUGGGAAAAGAUAAUUUCGCCGAUCAUCGAAGAAGCUGCACAUAAGGAUACCGACAUAUCUAGCAAGCUCGCCUUAAACACGUCGGAACCUACUCUUGACGACAUCCUAGAUGAUCUCUUCGAACCUGAUACAGAACUUCCAGGAUGCGCACAAGCAGUCCCUGAAAAGGGCUUUCAACCCAUCACCGAACGUGCUACUCAAGAUCAUCAGAGACUGUUCACAUCUAUCGCAUAUGCUAAUCGACAUGCGAGCGAAGUGUUCAUGACUUUCGUGAUUACUCAUUUAUCAAGUCCAGGAGACAUAGCAUACAUCACUACCAUCAACAAUGAUAUUGAGGAGCAGCUCGAGCGGUGCUCAGACCUUCAUUGUUGGAUGCGCGAGGACAGCUUCGUCACAGAAAGGAAAGGGCUGGGAAAAGUGAACGAGAGCAUGAGGAUUUGGGUGAGGAAGUGCCAAACCACGGGUCCAAGUAACUAG